AUGGCCCUGACCAUCCUCCUUUGCUUGAACCCGGAGAUCUCUAUCUUUGAGGAGGACAGCUUUAUUGAUCUUUGCAGUGGCGGCUAUGAAUGGAGCCUGGGUUGUGGAACAGCCAAGAAGCUCGUUGGUACACUGGCACCCGAGAUUCCGGGACUUGUGGCGAUCCCUUCCGAAGGUCUACCAGGCUGCCUGGUGGAUGGGGGCCUAUGGCUCUCUCACCAUGAAAAGGCACAUUGCCUGGUCGAACUGCAGGUCUUGUCGCUGUCAACUGUGAAGGACUACGAACGCAUGUUGGCAGACCUGAAAAAGAAAGUGGGUAUGGAAGCCAUCGAGGAUGAUGUCGAGUUCACGCGGCUGGGUGUGGUGGAAGAGGGGAAUGAGAGUGAGGAAGAGAGUGAGAAAGAGAAGGCGGCCAAUCAGGAGUAUCUCAAAUUUUGCACCUUCACCAAUGCCUUGCUCUCCCGCUCGAACAAGCUCACUGAUCUGAUUGCGUCGAUGGAGUUUGAGUCCACCAGAUCUUUGGAAGAUGCUAUUCAGACUUUGCAGUCAGAAUACCAAACUUGCGACUCUGUCAAGUUUGAUGCGGCGGACUUGGCUGACAAAAACACUAGCGAGCACGAAGCCAAACCGGUGGCCAAGGCAAAUGUUCGCCAGAACCCAACAGCCAGCAGGGCUUUGAGAGCCUUCGCGGCAGUUCGAGAAGAAGAUGCUGAGCGUGGUGCUCGGCGUGUCUUCGUUGACUAUGGCUACGCGGCGCCAAUUCACAUCUCCACAGUGAAUUUAGGUGAUGAGAAACACCUCGAGCAUUUCCCUUGGAUGAGGCUGAGUGAUUGGGUGCGAUACUUGGCUGACGAAAGCCUGCUUUCUCAACAGCUGGUUGGGGUGCAGCCCAGCAAGUUGAAAGCUGUCCUGGCAGAGUUUUGGAGAAGGUACCGGCACCUAGAGCCUUCUCACCCAGUCUUUCAGCGUGCAGAUAUCGCCCUGGAUCGGCUGAUUCCCUACUACACCCACACUGACGAAGGGCGAACAGUUCGAGAUAGUGCGUUGUGGAUAUUGAGUGUCCAUGGUGUGAUUGGGCGCGGGACUGCUUCUUUUUUGAAGGCAGGGCGCCACAAGGCACCAGUGCACAGGAACUCUUUGGGGCUCAACUAUGUUGGCAGCACAUGGGGGACGCAUUGCUUGAUAGCGACGAUGAUGAAGUCAGUAACUUCACAUCCAGGAGCAAUGGACAAGCUGCUGCAAGCCUUUGCUGAGGAUGCCAAGGCUCUGUACAAUGAUGGCUUCACCUCGGAGACUGGUGAGCAAAUGUGGAUGGUGCAUUUUGCCUGCAAAGGUGACCUGCCUGCCUUAGCAAAGGUCGCCAAUAUGACCAGAACCUUCAGUCAUGCUCCGAAAGCAAUGUCGACCAGAAACCCAAGCCGUGGUGUUUGCUGGCUUUGCUCUGCUGGUCAGGAGCAUGAUCCCAUCACAGGUCGUCAGGCCUACCCGUACGAGGACCUGACCCCAACACCUUGUUGGGAAACUACAAUGUUCCAGGAGGCUGCCUGGCAGACUUCACCAACGAUCCUUGAAGGUUUGGACCUCAACGAAGCACAGCAAAUGGCUUUCUUCCAGACAGACCUCUUUCACAACCUUCAUUUGGGGGUUCUCAAGUCCUUCACCUCCAGCGCCAUAGUGAGCUUUGUCGAGGCCAGCCCAAGUCUUGAGUGCUUGGCCAGCUUUGGGUCAGUGGAGAGCAAGUUCCAGGAGCUGACAAGAUUAUACCAAGAGUUUUGUCGCAACAGGAAUGUGCGACCCUAUUUGUCGGAGUUGUCUCGUGACACGAUGUGCUGGCCCAUGAGCUCGGCAUGUCCAGCAGCAAAGUGGAACAAAGGUCAAGCCACUGCCGAAGUGGCAAGAUUUGUGGAUUGGUUCUGCAAAGAGUUUGUUUCUGGAAAAGUGGAUGAUGCCAAGUUGAACUCCAUUGCAGCGGCGGUCUCAGCCAUCAACAUUUCGAUGACCUUUCUCUACCAGAAUGGCCUUUUCAUUCGUGCAGCCCAUGCAAAGCAGCUUUCACAGUGGCUUUUUGUCUUUCUUGGCCACUAUGCAUGCUGUGCAGAGAUAUGCCUGAGAGAGCGCAAGCGUCGCUUUCCACUUUACACAAAGGCCCACAUGUUGGCUCACGCCGCUCUUUUGUUGCGUCGCUCUUCUGAGAGAGCGCCCUGGGCGCUGUCGCCGCUGGCGACAGCGUGCCAGAUGCAAGAGGAUUUCAUCGGAAAACCUUCUAAAGUUUCCAGGCGCAUCAAUGUGCGUCAGGCACACAGGAAUAUCCUGUGGCGAUGCUUGAUCAAAACAAAGUUCUCUUUAAUCGCUGCUGCGCAAGACAUGCGCGGCAUGGAUGCCUACCCAGGUGCAUAA